CAAAUGUUCCUCAUGAUAUAAUUGUAAUACCCCCAAAGCUCUAAAAGUCUAAAGCUACCAUUGUUUUCCCUUGGAAACCACUACGUCUUCUUCUGCCCACCUUUACAUUCUAUAUAAAGCUUCCCCACUAAAGGGGUUGCGAUUUUUUGUUGGUGUAAAUAGUUCUAAAUAGCUUGAUCAGAAACAUGAGCUUUCGUCAUAUGGGCUACACCAGGGUUGGGAAGAGAAGCAAAGGUUUGAGGCUUAGAAGAUUCUCGGUUCAAGGUCUAAGGGCAAGAUUCCUUUAUUUGUUCAACCAAAUAAGUAGAUGGAGAUCAUCAUACGGCCGAGCUUUGCGAUCCAUAAUUAAGAAAAUGGGUGGCGAUAUCAUGGCUAUCAAAAAUAACAGCAGCCGCAGCUGGCGUAGCAGGACCAACCAUGUACCUUUGACCAACAGCUGCAGCUUGAGAUCAUCGUUGGGCCACUCUAAUUCUUUUUAUUCCGAGGCCAUUUCAGAUUGCUUGGAAUUCAUCAAACGCUCUUCUGUUUCCGACGAUGAUCAGAAGCCAACUGUGCCUGUCACCAUCUGCCAGACAUGAUCACAACUCGGAGUUGGACGAUGGUUUCCGCGUUGUUCGAUUUAUAGAGUGAGAGUACCGUAUAAUGUCCGAACAAACGAAAGAGUUUGUACAUGGCUUAACUCCACUCGACUCUAUAACCUAUGGUAACUAAGUCAUUAAUGAAGAAAUAUGUUACCAGUUGAGCAAAGUUUAGGAUAUUUGAUUUAUGUAAUUUUUUUUUAAAUGUGUUGUUUGAUUUGAUUUAAUUAUUUUUUUUUGGGGGAAGGACUGGAAUUCAAAGAAGGUGUGGUAUGGAUUUGAAGAUUCUAAUUAGCACUACGUAUUAGCCACCUACUCCAUUGCCAUUUUGUUUGACUAAACAAAAAAAGCCAAAGGGAAACGGGGUACGCGAACCUUUAUAGUUCUGACUUCUAUAAAAGUUUACUUCCUUCCACGUUAUUAAA